UAGAUGGCGCAUUACGAUGUGAAGCUGUCAAGUGCUAUGUUUGCCUAUCACAGGCAGACACAGCCACCUUCGGUAGCAGAAUUCGCUGUCUAUUGUCACUUCUAUAAUUUAGCAGAGAGAAAUCUCGUCGUUGCCGGGGGAACAGUCAUCAAGGUGUACCGGUUGGUUUGCGAUGGCCUCAACGAAACAGACGACAAGGCAAAACUGGAGCACCAACAGACCUUCAAUUGCUUCGGGAACAUUUCCGGAAUGGAGAAGAUCCGGCUGAACGCCAGCAGGGAUUCCCUACUAUUCGUGUUCAAAGAAACGAAAAUCAGUCUCGUCGAGUACGACCCUGCAACUCAUGAGCUGCAGACGCUCGCUAUCCGGAGUCUCGAGAAAGAAGAAUACAAGGAGGGUUUCUAUAAUUUCGUUGGUAACACUCUCAUCAAAGUUGAUCCUUUGAAUCGUUGUGCAGCCGUGCUAAUCUACGGAAAACAUCUGGCGAUCAUUCCUUUUGUGAAAAAAGAUGCCACCGAUCUCUCCGACCCGAUUGCGUCUUCCAAAAGCACCCAAACAAACACAUCGGGUUUCUUGGAGUACUACACAAUCAGAUUAAUAGAUUUGGACGAGGAGAAAGGUGUCAACAACAUUCACGACAUGACUUUCCUCAACGGGUACUACGAGCCGACGCUGCUGCUACUGUACGAGCCGAUCCGGACCUGGACUGGUCGAGUUGCCAUCCGUCAGGAUACUUGCUCUAUAAUGGCUCUCUCAUUGAACGUUUACCAAAGAGUCCAUCCCCCCGUCUGGUCGUUCAGCGGUCUUCCGUUCAACUCGUUCAAAGUGCUCCCCGUGCCCAAACCUAUCGGAGGCGUCCUUAUUCUCUCCGUGAACGCCCUGCUGUAUUUGAAUCAGUCAGUUCCAGCCUACGGUGUAUCGCUCAACUGUUUCACCGAAUGCAGCACGAGCUUUCCGCUGAAGGACCAAGCGGGACCCCCUCUGACCCUCGAUUGCUGUCGCUGCGAAUUCCUCUCCGAAACAAAAAUUCUAUUGAGCGUUGCCAACGGCGACCUAUACGUUCUGAGCUUAUUCACGGACGGGAUGAGAUCGAUCAAUCAGUUCGAGUUCAAGAAGAUAGCGACGACAACUGUCGCCACUUGCAUUUCCUUGUGCGAACCCGGUUAUCUGUUCGUGGGCUCAAGGAUAGGAAACUCGCUCCUCUUGCGCUACACAGAGAUGGACAGAGUUGAAGUCGAACCAAUCAUCGAAGAGAACCAUAAGGAAGAAGAAGAGGACGCGAAAGAGGAAUCGGAAUCUAAAGAAGAGCCAGACGAGAAAGAGGAAGAGAUAGAGGAAGAGGACGAUGUCCCGGGCGUGGACAAAGAAGUUCCAGAAGAGACCGAGAGCCAAACUGAGGAGCCCAAAGCCAAGAGACUCAAAGCCGAUCAAGAAGAGGAGGUUCCACAGCCCGAAGUCGGAGCGGCACCAGAGGAGGAGAUCGCCGAUGCCGCCGCCGCUACCGCGCAAGAUUCCGACGUGCCGCCGACCGAUCCCGACAAUAUCGAUGAAUGGGCGGCGUCGAAUGUCAAUCUGAUCAAGGAUCUUCACGAGCUCCGUGUAUAUAAUCAAAACUGCGAAGCCGACUGUCUCGGCACAACCUGCUAUAAGCUCGAAGUCACCGACCGCUUACAGACUCUAGGACCUGUCACGAAGGUGGCCAUGGGCGAGCCAGCAUUCCAGAGUGAGCUCUCUAUGAAAACGGACACAGAGGUUGAAAUUUUUGCUGCCUGUGGUCAUGAACGCAGCGGAGCCCUUUGCGUCCUACAACGCACGGUGCGACCCCAAGUCAUAACGACAUUCGAACUGCCGGGCUGCACGGAUCUGUGGACCGUGAGGAGCAGCUCCACAAGAUCACCGGACGUCGAUGAAGAUUCCCACCAGUUCCUGAUACUUUCCCGACCCGACUCAACUAUGAUUUUGCAAACAGGACAAGAGAUCAAUGAGUUGGAUCACAGCGGCUUCUGCACACAGUCCCCGACGAUUUUCGCCGGGAAUCUAGCCGACGGACGGUACAUUAUCCAGGUUUGCCCGAAUAGCGUACGGCUCCUGGAGGGUGUCAAGCAGCUUCAACAAGUUCCAAUUGAUGUCGGAAGCCCUCUGGUGUCCGCAUCGAUUGCUGAUCUCCACGUUCUUGUUAUGUCUCAGGACGGACUUGUGAUACAAUUGACUUUGAGGGGCGACGACACAACAGGGUACAAGCUUUCUGUCCUGAAACCUCAAUUUCCCGGAGCGAAGUCAAAAAUUACAGCGCUGUGCAUUUAUAAAGACGUUUCCGGGCUCUUCGUCACGAAAAUCCAGAAGCCCGAAGACAUUGCGAAACCGAAAACAGAAGCAAAAACCAAAGUCAAAACCGAAGUUGCGAAGAAAGUCUUGCGUAGCGCAGAUUUCGACGACGAGGACGAGCUCCUAUACGGCAGCUCCGUGGACAUCAAGGAUCUUGUCGCAGGGGGUUUGAAUGCUGCAAACAUAGUUCCGACAACUCAAACGAAAGAUACAGCCGAGGAGGAAGAUUAUGAAGAAAACGUGCGGAAAAUCGCUCCCGUGGAGCCGACGUUCUGGGUUUUCCUCGCGAGGGAGAACGGAGCGCUCGAGAUCUAUUCGUUCCCAGAUUACAAAUUACGGUACUUUGUGAAGAAUUUCCCUCUUUGUAACAAGAUCCUGCAGAACGCCGCCGCGACCGGGCAAACGACGUCCGCUUCGACGAGCGAGGCUCAACUGCCAAAGGUCAUGGAGAUCUUCGUUUGUGCACUCGGUAUGCACCAGUCACGACCGCUCCUGUUCGCGAGAGUGGACUCGGAACUCCAUAUAUACGAGGCGUAUCCCUUCGUCAACCAGAAAGAAGGUCACUUGAAGUUGCAGUUCAGGAGGCUCCAACACGCGGUCACCAUGGAGCCAAGACGCGUGUACAAACAGAAAGAAGGCGAUCCCACGCUUAGUUUACGGUGGAUUCGAGCCUUCCAGGACGUCUGUGGUUACAAUGGCGUUUUCGUUUGCGGUAGACGUCCGCAUUGGAUUUUCCUGACGGCACGGGGAGAAUUGAGAGCUCAUCCGAUGCUCAAUGACGGGCGAAUAUACUCAUUCGCGACAUUCCAUAACGUCAACUGUGAGAAAGGCUUCCUGUUCUUCAACAAAUAUGGUGAACUGAGAAUCUGCGCCUUGCCGAGCUAUCUCAACUAUGACGCGCCGUGGCCCAUGCGUAAGAUUCCGAUAUAUGAGACCCCGCACUCAGUGAAUUAUCAUGUGGACUCCAGAACGUAUUGCGUCGCCACGUCGAAGGAGGAAACCGCAACAUGUGUGCCCAAGCUGGCCAACGAAGACAAAGAGUUCGAGCCGAUCGAACGAGAGAGCAGCCGAUUCAUUCCACCCACGGUGGAUAAAUUCGCGCUCGAACUGUGGUCACCUGUUUCUUGGGAAGCUAUUCCCAACACGCGGAUGCCCAUGGAGGACUGGGAGAAGAUCACCUGCGUUAAGAACGUGAUGAUAGCCUCGGAGGGCACCACUAGCGGAGAGAAAGGCCUGAUAGCCGUCGGCACGAUCCAUAAUUUCGGUGAAGACAUCACUGCCAAAGGAAGGAUUUUGCUCAUAGACAUUAUCGAAGUAGUACCCGAACCAGGACAGCCUCUCACCCGGAGCAAAGUCAAAACCAUCCUCUCGAAACCUCAGAACGCCCCCGUCACUGCCCUGUGCUCCGUCAAAGGACACCUCAUGGCAGCUGUUGGUCAGAAACUAUUCCUCUUCCAGUUGAAGGAUAACGACCUCGUGGGGAUGGCUUUCCUGGAUACACAAAUCUACAUACUUAGCGCGAUCUCUAUCAAAAGCUUCAUCUUGAUCGGAGAUGUUCACAAGAGUAUAACGCUCCUCCGAUACCAGGAGGAAUCGAAGACCCUCGCUGUUGUGUCCAAGGACACGAAACCCGUUCAGAUUUAUUCAAUAGAAUACUUGGUCGACAACUCCCAGAUGGCUUUCCUCGCUACCGACGCUCAGUGCAACAUCCUGGUGUAUAUGUAUCAGCCCGAGAACAGAGAAACAUUCGGUGGUCAACGCUUGAUACGGCGAGGAGACUUCAAUAUCGGGUCGCGGAUCAACACCAUGUUCCGAAUCCGAUGCAGACUGGCCGAGGUUCCGCGAAGCGAACGAAGGCUGCUCAGCGAUUUGGAAGCUCGGCAUGUGACCCUUUACGCUUCCCUCGACGGCGCCUUCGGCUAUCUGCUCCCGAUCUCGGAAAAAACCUACAGACGUUUGUUGAUGCUUCAAAACGUCCUGAACUCAUAUUGCCAGCACGUGGGAGGUCUCAACCCAAAGGCUUUCCGCAUCAUGCAAACUGAUGUCAGAGCCUUGAGUAAUCCACAGAAGAAUAUUGUGGAUGGCGAUCUCAUCAACGUCUUCAUGGACCUCAACUUCAACGAGAAGGCAGAAGUGGCAAGGAAGAUCGGGACGACUGUUCAUCAAAUCCAACUAGACCUUGCAGAAAUUGAGGGUCUCACUUAUCAUUUCUGAUUCGAACGGGAAUGGUCGAAAUCUAUUGAUGGACAAGUGUAUAAACUCUUUAGAGGAGCUUCCGGGCAAGAUGACCGGAAUCCACUAAUGUGUACUUUGUAAUAUGGAACUCUAGACAUUUGAAGAAUCCA